AUGGCUUCAAAUAUUUUGGAGUAUUUCUUUCAAAAUUUAGACAAGUUGUCCAAUUUACAAAUUUUGUUAUUAAUUAAAACAGGAAUAACAAAGAUUGGAAAUGUGCAAAAAUUGGUUAAUCUAGCCAUCUUGAACUUAUCAUGCAACGGAAUUGAUAAAAUUGAAAAUUUGGACCAAUUUGUUAAUUUAACCAGCUUGGAUUUAUCAAAAAGUAAGAUCCAAAUUAUCGAAAAUUUGGAUAAGUUAGUCAACCUCACAAGACUUGACUUUAGUGAUAAUUGUAUCGGAGAAAUUGAUGGGUUGUCAAAUUUAAUUGCAUUAAAUAACUUGAAUCUUGCUGACAAUUUGAUCUAUAAAAUUGAGAAUUUGUCAAAAGUUGUUAAUUCACCUGAAUUGAACUUUCUGGGAACCAAAUUUCUAUAA